CUAUGUUCAAAGAGACUUAAAAGCAUAAGGAAGCGGCUUCCGUUCCUUAUCCUUAUCGCGCUCUUCUCUGCGGUGUUCCUCUUUCCUGACACGCGUUCUGUGGAGCAGAACUUCUACGGACUGGAAGACGGGAAGAAGAUGGCUCGUGCUCUUAACUCGCACGACGAGUCUACACCACCCGUGAUACCCUCGUCCAGGCCGACCACACCCGACCUCUCGGACGACACAUCUGAUGAGGACGCAGACUCCCUCGGAACGGAGAGUGAUGUCCCCAAGGAGGGGGAAAGUGAUCAUUUGCUCCUCUUGCCCCAGUUGCGCAGGACGCAGGGGUAUGGAAACCUCCGUGCGCGCUCGAAGAGGGACGCACUGGCACUUCACUCUGACUCUGACUCGGGCUAUGUCGAGCUGGACGACGUGGUACGAUCUCCUGAUUGCCCACUUUCGCCUAUCCCAAAGGAAGAAACACGGUCCCUGCCUAUCCUAGAUGGGUCAUACUACCCGGAUAUCUUCCCCGUUACCGACACCUCCGAGGAUUUUGUCGACUCUUCCCCCUCUACACCUGACGACUUCCCUUUUACGUCCUUGGAUCCCAACCCCGCCCCUUCCUCCUACGACGACGACGACCCCGGCUCCCCGCUGCCCGACCUGCCAGACUACCCUCGCCCGGAAGACUUCGCCGCAGGAGAAGAAGGGCUGGUCUACAUCACUCUCCCCUGCCGGGUGCAUAUCUCUGGUUCUAUGUCCCUGUCUACCGAUCCCUAUUCCGAAGAUGGGGGGGUGACGUCCUACGAGCUUGAGCACGAGUACCUGGAGAUGAUGCAAGAGGAACAGACCGCGCGCGUGGACGACGACGAUGCGGACGCCGACGAUGAUGACGAUGACGAGCUCACCCAGUUAGAGCAGUUAGAGCAGCUGGAGCAAGAAGGACCGAGCGCGGCCUGGUCCCGCUUCACACUUGUUCUCCUCGCUUUGGCAGUCUUCAUUCUCCUCGGGGCUGUCCUCCUCCCCCGGGAGAGGUUUUAGCGCAAAGCGAAGCGGGAAGCGUAAAUGGCAAAGCGGGAAGCGGAGAUCUUUUUCUGGGUCUUAGGAAGCGUUUGACGUGAUUGUGUCAAGUGAUGGUGAGCAAGUUAGUGAUAGUGAUGUUGUAUUUUACUCUUUUUUCUCUUUCCUGAGAUGAUUUGACGAUUGCGUACCUCCAUUAGAUUAGAGAUUAGC